UCAUAUUUUCUAUAUUUUUUGGGGGGAUUCAUCGCUUCUGCUCAUAGAUUUAUCAUCAUGAGUAAGCCGAGAUGGUUUCAAGUAUUAACAGAGGAAAACUUAGAUGGAUACUGCAAAAAGCAUAGUUGUGGUUUCCGAAAAAACAUCUUCAGGUUCGAGUCAUGUGACGUGGUGUGCCUUGAAGGCAUAGAUCCAUACCAUAUUCAACCUCAUGUUCAAGUGGUCCCCUUGUUUGAUGUUAACGGCCUUGACAUGGACGAAAUCUCUGAUAUCUUUGAUUGUUUCCAAAUUCAAAAUAAAGGUCUCAUUGGAGGGAAGGGGCUGAUAGCGUUGAGGCCAUGGCGAAGAUGUAUAAGAACUAAAGAAGGUUGCACUAAGCAUGUCCGUGGGACGUCCAAGUUCUGCUCGUUCACAUGCAAGGUGGAACAUGUUUUGGAGAAUGAAGGUGAUUUGUCUAGCAUCAUCAGAAAUUGGUCAGAGGAUGAUUCAAGAGAAACGUCCGAACAUAUUGAUGAUCUAUCACUCCAUCCUUGUGGUGAUCCAGAGAAAGUCUUUCCAUUCAAAAAGAGGUCUCGAAGACGAAUAGAGUUUUAUGACAGUGACGAAUUUGAAGAAGCCUUUGCAUACAGCCCUCGAAGGAGAGCCUGAUCGAGACCAGUCUUAGAGGCUGGUGACAAGGAUGCGCAAAGAUGAAGUUAAAUGCUGGAUUUAGGGAAUGUUUUGGGACUCUUUGAUGGAUUUUUGAAUAUAAAUGUUCAAGAGAAAAUAUCUCAACAA